ACGGGGGGCUGCGGGGGGGGGGCGAUGAGUGUCCGGCAGUCUCAGCCCACCCCCCUCUCCAGAGGAGCCAUAGCGAUGAUUUUAAAGGGGGAUUCCCCAUGAGGGAGGGAUGGGGGACCCCCGGAUGCUCCCCUCCCCCAUGCACCCCCUCCAUCCCCGCCCCCACCCCGCAGCACCGCCCGGGGGUGCCCGGAGCGAAGGGGCACCCAUGGAACCCCCCUCCCCCCAUCCCGGCCCCGCCCCUUUGGUCCAAAGGGGGCGUGGCAGGGUGAGGACACGCCCUUCUGUGGCUGGACCCGCCCCCCUCCCAGUGCAGACAAGGAGCAUCCGUCCCCCCAAAAUCGGGGAGGACCCAGGGGUCCAGAAAAGCCCCCCGAAUUCGGGGAGCAUCUUGCGGUUCGGGCCGCCCCCCGCCCCAUCCUGGGGUCCCCGUCAGGCCUGGGGAGGGGGAUUCGGCUCCGCUCGGGUGUUUCCGUCACGGGCGGAAGCGCCCGAAGGCUGCCAAGAGGUGUUCGGGUAUUUCCGGCUCCACUCGGGUGUUUCGGCCUCACUCGGGUAUUUCCGGCUCUACUCGGAGUCGCGGCGGAGCGGGCGGCGCUCGGCACUUCCCGCGGUGCUCGGCGGAAAGUACCGAAGGAAGCUUCGUGUGACUCCGUCGUGGAGGCGGAAACACUCGAAGUCUGUGACGGCCGCGAGCCGAACCUCUCCGGGAAGAGCCGAAGCGGUGCGGGGAGGCGUGUCGGGUGUUUCCGGCGCGGCGGCGGAAAUGGCCGAGGGCCGGCGGCGGCCGCCAUGUUGGGAGCCGCGGGGCGCUGAGGCGGCGGCGGCGGCGUGAGGCGG